GCCCUCCACUCCGCCCCGCCGCCUCUCCGCCCACCGGAAACACGCACUGCAAAGGGGAGGGAUCCGCCACGAGGGCCGCGCUGCGGGACGCCAUGGACUUCACCGCCGCGUCCAGCAGCAGCAGGCUCUCUAGAGAGGGCGAGGAGGAGGAGGGGGAGGAGCAGGAGAUGGAGGAGGAGGAGGAGGAGGGGGACGAGCCUUCCCCGCGUGAGAUCCCCUUCAUGCCGCCCGCCGCCUCCCCGCCUUCCGUCUCUCCAUCCGCCGCGGCUGCCUCGGCCUCCGCCUCCGCGUCAAGCUCUCCCUUCCGCUCCAGCGACGGCGCGGGGGCGUCCGGCAGCGGCGCUGGGCCCGACGUCGACGCCGAGCCAAUCGACAAGGAGCACAUGUUCGACAAGGUGGUGACGCCCAGCGACGUGGGGAAGCUCAACCGGCUGGUGAUCCCGAAGCAGCACGCGGAGAAGUACUUCCCGCUGGACGCCGCCGCCAACGACAAGGGCCUGCUCCUCAGCUUCGAGGACCGCGGCGGCAAGCUCUGGCGCUUCCGCUACUCCUACUGGAACAGCAGCCAGAGCUACGUCAUGACCAAGGGCUGGAGCCGCUUCGUCAAGGAGAAGCGCCUCGACGCCGGGGACACCGUCUCCUUCUCGCGCGGCGCCGCCGACGCCGCGCGCGACAGGCUCUUCAUCGACUGGAAGCGACGCGCCGACCCGCACGCGCGCCUCGCGCGCAUGCCCAUGCCCAUGCCCAGCGCGUCGCCAUACGGGCCAUGGGGCGCCGGCCCGGGCGGGUUCUACAUGCCGUCCGCGCCUCCGGCCACGCUCUACGAGCACCACCGACUGCGCCAGGGCUUCGACUUCCGCACCAGCAUCAAUGCCGCUGGCCAGCCCAGGCCGCAGGUGCUCUACUUCGGCUCUCCGGGGCUGCCUCCGCAGCACUCGCACAUGCCGCCUCCUCCGCAGCCGCAACAUCCUCAUCCGCUGCACAUUGCGGUGCAACAACCCAGCCCCGCGGUGACGCUCGGCGUGCCCAUGGUCCUCGACUCCGUGCCAAUCGCCAGCAGCCCUACCGCGGCCUCCAAGCGCGUGCGCCUCUUCGGAGUCAACCUCGACAACCCACUGCCUUACGGUCAUCACGCCGGCGAGUCAAGCCAACAAGACGCCAACGCAUUGUCGCUGCGGAUGCCCGGAUGGCAAAGGCCGGCACCAUACAGGCUCCACGAACCGCCUCACCACGCACCAGCAGGACCCGAGUCUUCUGCCGCCUCCUCGCCCUCCUCAUCGUCAUCCUCCAAGCGAGAAGCGCAUUCCUCCUUGGAUCUCGAUCUCUGAACGCUAUUUGGUGGUCACCUCUCCAUCGGAAGCAUAGCCAAGGAAAGUUCAGCAAUUCCUUCCUCAUCAGUUUGGCUGGCACAUUCUUCUUUUUUUCCCCUCUUCCUCUCCACUUUUUGCGAUCCAUUAUAACAUCAACCGAUAGGAGCCAGCAGUAUUUGACAUUUUGUUUUUUCGGUUUUGUUUUCGCCAAUCAAAUUCUUGGUGUUGGUUUCAGAAUUAAUUAAUAUAUAGAGAGAAAUUAGCAGAGUUGUUUCGAA